AUGCCUCGCGUGGCGGCCAGCGUUGCUGCAGCAGCAGCAGCAGCAGCAGCAGCAGCAGCAGCGGCCACCGCCGAGAAAACCCCGGGCGCCUCUCUAGGCCGCGCGCGAACCCGCAAGCAGCAGCGCGAGCAGCAGCAGCAGCAGCAGCAGCAGCAGCAGCAGCAGCAGCAGCUGCUGCACGUAGCCAGCCCGCAGCUAACCCCCAUAGAGCGCCGCCUCACUCGCCUCUCCCUGCGCUCAGGGGCCUCCAGCUGUACCUCCACCUCGAGGGCCCCGGGGGGCCCCCAAGGGGCCCCCCAGGGGGCCCCCCUGGGGGGCCCCCAGGGGGGCCCCCAGGGGGACCCCCAGGGGGGCCCCCAGGGGGGCCCCCAGGGGGCCCCCCAGGGGGGCCCCCAGGGGGGCCCCCAGGGGGGGCCCCAAGGGGGCCCUUCGGGGUCUCCGGGCUCUCCUCUUUCAUGUAAAAGACAGAGCCGCGCCACGCCUGCCAAGAGCAGCAGCAGCAGCAGCAGCGGCAGCAGCAGCAGCAGGAGUAGGAACAGCAGCAAGAGGAGUUUUGUGUGCAGCAGCAAAGGGAAGCAGCUUGGAAGUCCCGUUGCUGCUGCCUGCUCGGGUGUAUGUACACCUGAAGUCCCUGCUGUCUCUUCUUCUGUCUCAGCCUCGACUUGUGUCUCUUCGGCGAGCACGAGGAGACAUUCUGCUGCUGCUGCUGCUGCAGCAGCAGCAGCAGCAGCAUCAGCAGCAGCAGAGCCUCCCGCCUCGGCCUCGCAGCCAGCGAGCGGCAGCCGCGUGGCGAAGCCGCAGCUGUGCAGCAGCAACAGCUGCAGCACGACGGCCAGCAGCAGCUGCAGCAGCAGCAGCAGCAGCCGCAGCAGCAGCAGCAGCAGCAGCAGCAACUGGGGCCUCGAGGACAGCCUGCUGCUGCACAACUUGGCGCUGCAGGCGCUGCGGCCUUCUGCUGCUGCUUACUGCGGGGGCCGCGAGAAAUAUGAAGCAGCAGUUUCGAACUUUGUCAACAAGCAAAUUCAAGAAAGGAGAGGAGGCCUUCUGUAUAUUUGCGGCUCCAGCGGCGUGGGAAAAAGCUGCCUGGUGCGCCACGUGCUGCAGCAGCAGGCCCUCAGCAGCAGAAGCAGCAGCAGCUGCUGCAGCAAAGAGCUCAUCUCUGUCUCCUGCGCUCAUCGCGAACGAGACGUGCAGCUGCUGACGGAACUUCUUUGUCGCAUUUUGGGGAGGCCCGGAGACCACAGGGCCUUUUACAAGCUGUGCAUGGUGGACGAGGUGGACUUUUUAGUGACGAAGGGCCAGACCAGAGCGGACAUGCGCCUUUCCAUGAGAAGCAGCAGCAGCAGCAGCAGCAGCAGCAGCAGCAGCAGCUCGCAGCAGCAGCAGCACGACGCCCUCUUAGCCCUCGCACUAGCAGCUACGCAUCCGCAAUCUCGCAUUAUUGUCGUCGCCGAGCCAUCGAAAGCAAGGAGCCAGCAGCAGCAGCAGCAGCAGCAGCAGCAGCGCACGGUGUCUACUGCUGCAGUGCUGCUGCGCUUUGCUCCUCUCUUUUUUGUUUCUGUCUGCAGCCGAGCCAUCGAAGAGAAGCUGACAGAGCUGCAGGCAGACGCUGCUGCUGCUGCUGCUGCUGCUGCUGCUGCAGCAGAUGAUGAUGCUGCUCCUGCUGCAUCCUGCUGCGGGUCUCCCCUAGUGCGGGAGAAGAGGCGCCAGCCCUUUGAAGCGCAGCAGCAAGCAGCAGACAGCAGCAACAGCAGCAGCAGCAGCAGCAGCAGCGCCCCUGGCCUCCAAGGCUCCCCCAAUCCCCUUCAGCAGCAGCAGCAGCAGCAGCAGCAGCAGCAGGAAGAUGUGCAGCAGGAGGCCGAGAUGUUCAGCCCAGCGUCUCCAUGCGUGCACGAGGCCGCAGGUAAGCAGCAGCAGCAGCAGCAGCAGCAGCAGCAGCAGCAGCAGCAGCGGCGGCGGCGAGGGGGCUGGGCUGCGAUGCGCUGGCUCACUACCCCCGCUGCUGCUGCUGCUGCUGCUGCUGCUGCUGCUGCUGCUGCAGAAGACCACCCGUCGAGCAGCACCCCAGGGACUCCAGGCUUUGCUGCUCCUGAGUUGGAGAGCAACGCGAGGACUCCGCAGAGCCUCUGCAGCACAGCGCCUUCUCCUGCUGCUGCUGCUGCUGCUGCUGUGUCUCUGACUCCUGCUGCAGCAGCAAAGGAGCAGCUGCGCAGGAUACGCGCCAAGGCGGGGGAGGAGUCCCCGGGCGCCAGCAGCAGCAGCAGCAGCAGCAGCAGCAGCAGCAGCAGCAGCGACUCUGCAGAGAAGUGCGCGGGCGCUGCUGCUGCGCGCUGCAGCGCGGAGUCGCCCGCAGCUUCGCCCACAGCAGCAGCAGCGGCUGCAGCAGCAGCAGCAGCAGCAGCAGCAGCAGCGGCGAGACCCUCCUUGUUCUCUGCUGCUGCCCUCGCCGAGGAGCAGCAGCUAGUGCCCUGCUGCGCUGUGGACUCUUUGCCUGCGGGUUUGCUGCUGCAGCAGCUGCCGCGUUCGGAAGCAGCAGCAGCAGCACGCAGAGACAGCAGCUGCAGCAGCAGCAGCUCCCAGACCCUCCGAAAGGGCCUCGCGGGCCUCAGGGGCCCCCGUUCUUUGAGUGGCCGUCUCAGGCUGACAGAGACUGGGGGGCCCCCCUCGGGGGCCCCUGGGGGCCCCCUGGGGGCCCCCUGGUCCCCUGCGGGGGGCCUCCCCGCGGGGGCCCCAGAGCCGGGGCCCCGGGCCUCUGCAUGCAGCGUGGGUCCUGAGGACAGCAGCGGGGCCCCACUGAAGGGGGCCCCCCCUGUUGGGGGGCCCCCCAGGGGGCCCCCUGGGGACCCUCCCGGGGGCCCCCCGAAGCAGCCAAAGGGGCUGCGAGGGCAUUGGAGUUGGGGUAAUGAGUGCAAAAGCAAGUCUGCGCAGAAGAAGCUGCGGGACGGCGCUGCUGCUGCUGCUGCUGCUGCUGCUGCUGCUGCUGCUGCUGCGGGGGGCAGCAGCAGGAAACGCCGCAGCAGCACGCCGGGGUCUUCGCAAGAAAGUCAAAAAGAAAAUUUAAAACCUUUCAAAAGACAAACAGAAACUGCAGGAGUUCAAAUCUCUCUCGAAGAAGUUGAGGCGUUCGAGCUGCUGCUGUCUCCUGCGCUGGUGGAAGCAGCAAUUAAGCGGCUGCAGCCGCAGCUGAUGGACAGCGACAUAGAGGGCCAUUUUAGCCGAGGAUUAGAAGCUUAA